UCUCUACAUCGAUUGAUCCGCUUUCGACUGCUUAACACUUGCUGUUGUUUUAUCUUCUGCGAUUGAUAUUUGUGCGCCAAAAUGAGUUUCAAUGAGAUUGCGAAUCAGUUUGUAAAGUAUUACUACGAUACUUUUGAUUCUAACCGUUCCGGGCUCGCGGUUCUCUACAGAGAUAACUCGAUGCUCACGUUCGAGACGAAUCAAAUACAGGGCGCAGCUGGUAUUUCCGAGAAGCUUGUCGGACUGCCGUUCCAGAAGGUCGUUCAUCGGAUUUCCACUUUUGAUGCGCAGCCUGCUGGACCUGAUGGCUCCAUCAUCGUCAUGGUCACUGGCGAGAUUCUCUUCGACGAGGAGACAAACCCGCAGAGAUACUCACAGACCUUUCACUUGGUUCCCGAGGGCGGAAGCUACUUUGUUCUGAACGACAUCUUCCGAUUGAACUACGCGUGAGCUCGUUCAAUCAGUCCUACGAUAAUAAUCAAAGAGAACGAAGGAACAAGAAGAGGGAGAUGUGAUGUGCUUUUGGUGGGAUUGUAGUAGCUUUUGUUCAACAUUCGAUCUGCCUUUUCUAUUCCAUUUACUGCGGUUCAGAUGUAGUCUGGUCUUUUGUUAUUGGAUCGCUUUGUUUGCGGUGUGUUGGUGAUGAGAUGUCUUGCGUAGUGUAGAUGACUGCAGAUAUUAGAGUAUGAUUCACCUCGACAGGCUUAUCUACCCACUCCAACUCCUACAAUCUCCAGUAUAGCAUCCUAUGAUCUUCUCCAGCCUCCUACUCCAGCAUCAUCCCUCCUCCAACAUCGCCAUACAAAACCAGGUCAGAACAGAAAACAAGUCAAACAACCAAAAGACUAACCACCAAGACGCCGCACCGUCUAAACUUAAACCUACUCCCAUCCCACCCUCCUCU